AAAAACAAAUACAUGAAAUUAUGCACCCCUAAUGGGUGUAUCCAGUCCCACCCCCUAAGACUAAUUUACAACCUACAUAUAAAUAUACACAGAAGACUCUCAAUCUUGAAUGUGUAUGUGUGUGUGUAUAUAUAUAUCUCUCUGUGUGUGUGCAUAAAAUUUAGGGAAACGCAGGAACACAAGCCAACCAGUAAUAGCCACAUCAAGAAAACUUGGUGAAUAAUUUUUUCUGCAGGAAGAGAAGGAGAGAAGGUGAAUUGAAGUAGUAGUACCUUGUUUGUUUGUGGGUUUUUUUAAUCUCUCCAAUGGCUUUGCUUGGUGGCGGUGGCUCUGCAGCAUCAGCAUCAGCAGCAGCAGCUGCUGCUGCUGCUGCCCUCUACCUGCAUUUACUUGUUUGGUUCACCACUGUGCUCACUUUCUGUCAAGGUACGCCGUACGAGCAUCCCGCCCAAUACCGCUACCCUUUCAUCGGUCCGGCGAGCUCGUUCUCUUCCGGCGGCCAAUCCUCCGCCUCGGGGAGCGGCGGCGAAGCCGCCAUGUCCUACGACUACAUAAUCGUCGGCGGAGGCACGGCGGGAUGCCCCCUCGCCGCCACGCUCUCCCGGAAUUUCAGCGUCCUGCUGCUGGAACGGGGAGGGACGCCAUUUGCCAAUUCCAACGUCUCCUUUAUGCAGAACUUCCACAUCACCUUGGCCGACAUCUCGCCGACGUCGGCGUCGCAGAUGUUCAUCUCCACCGACGGCGUCUUCAAUUCCAGAGCCAGGGUUUUGGGCGGCGGCACUUGUAUCAAUGCCGGAUUUUACACCCGCGCAGGCACAAGCUACAUAAGGAGUGUAGGUUGGGAUGAAAAACUGGUGAAUGAGUCGUUCCCCUGGGUCGAGAAGCAGAUCGUUCAUCGACCCGACUUCCCGCCAUGGCAGCAAGCCGUUAAAGACAGCCUAGUCGAGGUCGGGGUCUCGCCAUUCAACGGGUUCACUUACGACCACAUCUACGGCACCAAAGUCGGCGGAACCAUCUUCGACAGGUUUGGUCGUCGCCACACGGCUGCCGAGCUUCUCGCCUCAGCUAAUCCCGAAAACCUCCAAGUAUUAGUCCAUGCCACAGUUCAGAAAAUCGAUUUCGACACAUCAGGUAAAAGGCCGAGGGCGGUCGGAGUGACGUUCAAGGACGAAAACGGGAAGUUGCAUAAAGCCGUGGUGUCGAAAAGGGCUGGGAGCGAAGUCAUCCUGUCGUCCGGCGCCAUCGGGAGCCCCCACAUGCUUCUGCUCAGCGGCAUUGGCCCGAAGAACGAUCUCGAAAAAUUCGACAUCCCCAUCGUGCUCGAUAACGAGUUCGUCGGGAAGGGAAUGGCAGAUAAUCCCCUCAACACAAUUUUCGUCCCGAGCAAGAACCCCGUCAAGAUGUCGUUGAUACAAACCGUCGGGAUUACCAAGUUGGGAGUGUACAUCGAGGCUAGCUGCGGUUUCGGGCAAUCCACCGAUAGCAUUCAUCGAGACCACGGAAUUGCUUCCGCCGAGAUAGGCCAGCUGUCAACGAUCCCUCCGAAGCAACGAACGCACGCAGCAAUUCACGAGUUUCGUAGUCGAAAGCGAGACCUUCCGUACGAGGCGUUCCAGGGUGGUUUCAUCUUGGAGAAGAUCGCGCUGCCAAAGUCGAGGGGACAGAUCAGCCUCAACAACACGAACGUCGACGACAACCCGUUGAUCACGUUCAAUUACUUUGAACACCCGGAUGACUUGGCGCGGUGCGUCGACGGGAUACGCAUCAUCGAGAAGAUGGUGAAGUCGAAGCAUUUCCUCAACUACACACAAUACGACGAAGAUGUCGUCGACAAACUCCUCAACAUGAGCGUUCAAGCGAACGUAAAUCUAAUUCCUCGGCACACCAACGAUACGGAAUCGCUCGAACAGUUCUGCAAGGACACCGUGAUCACGAUCUGGCAUUACCAUGGAGGCUGCCACGUCGGGCAGGUCGUAAACCGGGAUUAUAAGGUGCUCGGAGUCGACAGGCUCCGCGUUAUCGAUGGCUCGACGUUCAAAGAAUCUCCCGGGACUAAUCCUCAGGCCACAGUCAUGAUGAUGGGAAGGUACAUGGGAGUGAAGAUUCUGAGGGGGAGAUUAGGCGAAGCAGCCGGGAUAUGACGAGUAGGCGACAGAUAUCGAUUUUCGAUCGAACGACGACGACGACGGACCGAUCUUGAUCUUGAUCUUGAUGUUAGGAAAGAGCUCUACUGUUAUAAUUCUUUUUAAUCCUAUUAUUAUUAGGUAGAAAUUUGAUGUAGAGUUGUAAGGAUGAAAUUCCUCCUGUCGUGUCCUGUGUGAAGAUGUGAAAAUAGGUGAACUCCAUUUUGGUGUAUCAAUAUGUUCUUUUCUUGUUGCUGUUAUGUGUGAGUCACUUCUUUCUCUUUGCUCUUUGCUACUUCUUCAUCUAUAUAUCACUUUUGAGUCC